GGCCAGAUCGUAGCCCAGAUGGCCCAUUCAACAAACUCAACCGUACGACGCCGUUUUACCGUUGUUGUUCAUGAAAUUCCCGAGAUGUCUUCCAAAACACUCCAAAUUCCGUUCACAUUUCGCCACCGCCAUCCCCUCCCCUUUUCUCAUGCGUUUUUGUUUAAUAAUCAGCUCCCCGGCGAAACCGCCACCUCUUCCAUGAAGAACAAUGAGGAAGAAAGUCCCUCUAACGCCAGGGCGCAGCCUUAUCUGGUUCAGCUGGAAGCUUGUCAUCACCUUCUCUCUUGCACUUUGCGUUUUCGCUCUUAUUAGGCUUCAUUCGUCUUCUCGGACCAACCUCGCCUCUGCCUCAUUAUCCCGUAGAUUGCGCCCCCCUCCUGGUUUAUUUUUGGGCCGCCCUAAGAUUGCCUUCUUGUUUCUCACUCGUCGAAACCUCCCUCUUGAUUUCCUUUGGGGAAGCUUCUUCCAGAAUGGCGACGUUGCGAACUUCUCGAUUUACAUUCACUCGGCACCCGGAUUUGUGUUCGAUGAAUCGACGACAAGGUCGCAUUUCUUUUUUGGACGGCAAUUGGAGAAUAGCAUUCAGGUGGACUGGGGAAAGUCGAGUAUGAUUGCUGCAGAGAGGUUGUUACUUGAAGCAGCUCUUGAGGACACUGCAAAUCAGAGAUUUGUUCUUCUAUCGGACAGUUGCGUUCCACUAUACAACUUUAGCUAUAUAUAUAGCUAUCUCAUGGCUUCUCCCAGGAGUUUUGUGGACAGCUUUCUUGAUGCAAAGGAGGGUCGCUAUAACCCAAAAAUGUCACCUGCUAUAACUAAGGGCAAAUGGAGAAAAGGGUCCCAGUGGAUCAGUUUGAUUCGUAGUCACGCAGAAGUAAUUGUGGAUGAUGAUAUUAUAUUCCCAGUCUUUGGAUUAUUCUGCAAGCGAAGGCCACCUGUGGAUGCCAGCAAAGGAACUAUGAACAUUAAACUUCAAAAGCAGCACAACUGUAUUCCAGAUGAACACUACGUCCAGACAUUGCUGGCGUUAAAUGAACUUGAAGGUGAACUUGAACGAAGAACAUUAACUUACACUCUAUGGAAUCAGUCAACCAAUAAUAUGGAGAACAAGGGGUGGCAUCCUAUUACCUUUAACUAUGCUAAGGCUGGACCUCGGCAGAUCGAGGAAAUAAAGGGAAUCAACCAUGUCUACUAUGAGACCGAAUUCAGGACGGAAUGGUGUCGAAAUAAUUCAACUUUCGUUACUUGUUUUCUAUUUGCCAGAAAAUUUUCUCAGGGAGCUGCUAUGCGAUUAUUAAGUGAGGGCGUUGCGAGUGACUUUGAUGCCUAAGCAUUAUUAGAGAUCAAAAAGUUCAACUAAAUUGAACUGUCAUUCAUCCUAGUCAAGCAGUUAAGAUAUUAAAUAUUCUAGGAAGUUUCAAACUGUGAUGUCUCCUGAAAUUAGUAAAAUCAGUGGAGGCAUGCGUGGGUUCGAUAUUCUUGCUCUCCUGAAAUUAGUAAAAAGAAAACCAGGUUUGAUAUUUCAAUCAUAUUUCACAGCACCUAUAUUUGUCCAUCUAACAUAACAUUGUUGGUUCAUGUUUUCAUCAACUGUCUUCAAAUGAAAAAAUUGAUCGUUCAAGGAAGCCACUCCGUUCAUGGUGCGUCCGCAUUGUCAGUCCUUUGAGAAGAGGCUUCUGCAAAACUGCCUUGUACAUGUCCAAAAGAUGGUUACCAAUACUUGUGAUUUUGAUGCUGAUGUAAUAUAGACUCAACGUGUUGUUUAUUUAUUUUAAGGACGUCUAUGCGGACAUUAUUGUUGGUACCAGGAAAAGGAAUGUCGCAUUAAUUAGACUUAUCUACUGAUA